AUGUUGGAAAAUUCAGGUGAAAGUUACCAUAAGCCUUGCAACAAUGGUUCCAGUGAUUCAAGCGAUUGUGAAGAUGAACCAGUUGUGAAGAGGAAACGUAAAACCCUUCGUAGAGUCGUUGAUCCUGCCGAGAUUUUAUCAACGAAUCAAAAUCAAGCCAAUGUGUAUACAACAGUUGCACAAAAGUCAUUCGAAGAAAUUCAUUCAUCCAAAUUUGAUUUUGCAAAAUACUGUCAGGAAGAAAAAGUUGAAAUUGAAAAAGAAGAGAAAUUCAAACAGUUGAAAAAUACUUUCCCAUCAGAAAUACAGGAUGAUGUCCUCUGUAUUGAAAGUAAUUGUAGUUCUUCAGGAUUCCAACCUGUUUCUUUUUGCCGCAGUCAGUCUCCAGCACCUCCUUCACCUCCUCCACCUGUUGUAGCAAAUCCAGUACGGACACGUUCUUUCUCCAAAAUAACACAAAAUUUAAAGAAGAUUCAAUCAAGUAUACAAAAAUUAGAUAAAGUUUUGAAUUCCGAUCCAUGUGACAUUCAAUGCUUAGAUGACAGCGUGAUUAUUGUUGAUGAUGAUGACAAAGAAGAAGAAAAUAUUACUUCCUCUCCUGAUGCCUUCAGCAGGGAAAUUGUAGUUAUGGUUAAAAUUGGAUCAGAGAUUAAACGGUUUCCCAUGAAUAAAACUGACACAUUCUGUAAUCUCUUCAGCUAUUUAGCCCAGGAGAAAAAAGUGCCUGAUACUCGGUUGAUGUUACUUCUAAAUGAAAAGACCAUUCAUCAAAAUGAAACACCUGCCUCCAUACAACUGCAGGUUGCUGAUAUCAUUGACUGCCUUAUUACUGAAGAGGAAGAUCCAGAAGAGUUUUCAGAAAGAACUGGACCAAAUGUAAUCAGCUUGGUCAUUCAAAGUAGUAUUAAUCAAAAGUCUAAAAAGACCAUGCGUAUUGGAAAGUUUGAAAUGCUUCAAGGAAUCAUUGAUUUGUACGCCAAGCAGCAUAAACUGCAAGCAGCUGACUUAAAGUUACGUUUUGAUGGGGAAAUUGUUGAUACCUCACAAACACCUGCUGAUUUAGAUAUGGAAGAUGAAGAUUCUGUAAUCUUUUUCUUUCACAAUUAUACCUCCAGAUGA